UCUAUUAACAAAUAAUCGAUGUAUAACGGUUGCUUUUCUCUGUUCUUCGUGGUUGAAGAUUAUGUGUACCAUAUCUCAGCUUCCGAAGCAAGUGGAGAGCUAUGCUUAAAAUAUAUAUUUGCAUUUGGAGCAUUUGCUCGGUCGCCCCUUUUAAACAGUGCAUCUGAGUGGAAAGUGCCAUCUACUUUUAUAUAUGGGACUGAAGAUUGGAUGGACUACCAAGGAGCCCAAGCAGCUUGCAAGCAAAUGAAGGUCCCAUCUGAAGUUAUCAGGGUUCCUAAGGCUGGCCAUUUUGUGUUCCUUGAAAAUAGAGAUGGCUUCCAUUCAGCCGUGUUAUAUGCAUGUAGGAGAUUUCUUUCAUCUCACCCUCAUAAUGAACCCUUUCCUGAAGGUUUGAUAUCAGCAUAGGAGGAAAUUUGUUUUGAUUUCUUUACGCAAAUG